GCCGACUCCAGCCCUCUGAUUGGCUGUGGAGGAUAGAGCGGCUCUGUGAUUGGUCGGGAGAGUCCAGCGUGGUGCAAGGAGCAGAGUGUGACCGGGAGGAGCCUCUACCUAGGAGUCCAUGGAGUCGGGCAGUAUAGAGAACCUGCACCUGCUGUACCAGGGCCCGGACUUCCUGGUGGUGAACAAGCACUGGGACAUCCGUAUAGACAGUAAGAUGUGGUACGAGAAGCUGACCGUACAGAGACAGCUCAAGCACCGCUUCCCCGAGCUCGCCGAUCCGGAUACCUACUAUGGGUUCAGAUUCUGCCACCAACUUGACUUUUCAACUAGCGGGGCCCUAUGUGUGGCCCUCAACAAAGAAGCCGCAGGGCGGGCAUACAAAUGUUUCAAAGAACGCACCGUCACCAAGGCGUACCUGGCGCUGGUCAGGGGCAUCGUGGCCGAGAGCUGCAGGACAAUCACACUGGCCAUAGGCAAGAACACGCAGGACGGACGCACACACAUGAUGUGCGUAGAGGGGACGGAGGGCUGUGAGAAUCCGAAGCCGUGUCAGACCGACCUCCUUGUUCUGCAGUAUGGAUUAUACAAAGGCGAUCCGGUCACAAAAGUCUUAUUACAGCCCCUAACAGGCCGUACCCACCAGCUCAGAGUCCACUGCAGCGCUUUGGGAUACCCCAUUGUUGGGGAUUUUACCUAUAGCUUGAAGACAGACACAGACCCCUAUAGAAUGAUGCUUCACGCCUACUACCUGCGCAUCCCCACUGACCGAGAGCUCAUUGAAGUCACAGCGCCCGACCCUUUCCAGCCGGACCUGGACCCCGGUUGGGUGCCCACAGAUACCAUCCGCUGCCUGGACGAUGCCAUGAUGGAAAUCAUCAGCAAGGGGGUAGAGUCAGUCAACAAAAAGGAGGAGGUGGUGCAGAAACCACCACAGAGCAAGAAAGAGACAGAGCAGGAGCGCGCUGUGUGUGAGCAGUGGUUGUCGGAGUGGGCUGGGGAGUAAUGUCCUCUAUAAUGCUUUACUGUAAGGUAUACAGAAUAGCGCCCUGUGGACCAUCACUUUGCCUGGGUAGCAUUUUAGCAAUAGUUCCCGGUUCUGCCUAUCACCGCUCAUAGGACCACAAUGCACUGCUUCUUAUUAGCCACAGCAGUUCACCAGCAAAGAUUGCAUUACGACUGCUUGUGUAUUUUAAUGCACCUAUUACUGUGCGGGGGAAAAAAAAGUUGUCAGCGGAGACAACUAAGUUUUUAGCAUUCACACAAUGCUGUGAUUUACAGGAGGACUAAAGGACUGUAUGGUGGAGAAUGAGAAACUUAUCGCACCAAUGUAUAUAAGCCUGUAGAACAGAGCUAAUUUCUUCCAAAAACAGCGCCACACCUGUCCUUAGGUUGUGUGUGGUAUUACCACUUGGCUCCAUUCACUUCAAUUGAACCGAGCUGUAAUACCACACACUACCUGAGGACAGGGGUGGCGCUGUUUAAGUCCUCAAGUCCACUGUUAUGAAGUUGGAUGUGUUGGGGAACUUUCAUGGUUGUUGUCAGGGGGUCACCCAACUUUCCUAAAUGAUCUGCUUGAUACACCCCUACACAUUCGAUACACAUUCGGGAAGCUACAGACGUGGACAAAAUUGUUGGUCCCUUCUGUUUGAGACAGAAAAACCCACAAUGAUCCCUGAAACUGAAUAAAAGUUAAAUGAAAAAUUAACUGAUAAGUGUCUGAUCGGGGGAUGGGGGUGUCCAAUCUAUGGAAACCGCUAUCACCCUCGGAAUCGCAAGACAGGGCCCCAGAAUUUCAUGUUUGUUUUUUUUUUUUUUAAUAUAAGAGCUUGUGUAUCUCUGGCACUCUCAUAGACAACGCAUGGCGCGCAUGCUGACAUGGAAAAAUGGCGGAAAAAUUUUAAGCCACGUUCUCAAAUUUUUUUGGGAUUCCCAGCAGUCGGACUCCCUGCGAUCAGACAUUUAUCCCCAAAGUUAUUUAACGCUGAAGUAUCCCUUUUAAUGAUCCCCAUUUCGUAGCACCUCGAUUACCAAUUUUGAGCCUGUAGGAUAUUGUCCACUCUGUAGAGAUGCUGCGUUAUGGGCGGAGCUUGAGAGAAAACCGCCAAAGCCAUACUUAGCUUUUUGUACCGUGCAGGCUCAUAGCUUGUGAUGCUUUUUCGAAAUGUGGGUAUGGAGAUAUAUAUAUAUAUAUAUAUAUAUAGAUAGAUAGAUAGAUAGAUAGAUAGAUAGAUAGUUAGAUAUGAGAGAGUAGCUGUAUUAGUCCAUUGAUGCAGAUGCAAAAUCAAAUAUAAAUAAAUAUAUAUACGGUAUGCAAUUUUUUUUUAUACAUUUUUUUUAAUUUUUUUUUUAAAUAGAGAACAGCUUUGGACAGCGCUGCCCUGCAAUUAUUUUUGUAUAUAUCAGGCCGGAUCAUAAUGUUGAAUUUUAUACGUUUAGAAUUCAAUCUGAUGCCUGUGGCUUCUUUAUAGGUACAUAUGCCCUGUUGUCACCUAGCUUUACCGGACUGUCUAAUGCAGUCAUCUCCAAACUGUGGACCUCGAGCUGUUGCGAAACUACAACUCCCAGCACGCCCGGACAGCCGUUGGCUGUCCGGGCAUGCUGGGAGUUGUAGUUUUGCAACAUCUGGAGGUCCACAGUUUGGAUACCACUGGUCUGAUGGUACAUUCCCCAUGACUCUAGUCAGGCCUGUAAUCACGCUAGCUGACAGCCCUUGUGAUGGCAGCCAUAUUGGUUGUCACCCAGUUUCCUGAGAGACAGAUAUCAAAACCUGUGCGAAGGAUAGGUUGCCCAUAGCAACCAAUCAGAUCGCGGCUUUCGUUUUCAAAAAGGCCUCUAGAAAGUGAAAGAAGCGAUCUGAUUGGUUGCUAUGGGCAACUGGUCGACUUUUUCUCUGCACAGGUUUUGAUACAUUUCUCCAUUUAUACUUACAGCUGUCCAGGCAUGCUGGGAGUUGUAGUUUUUUUUGCAACUGCUGAAGGCACCCUGGUUAGGAAACACUGCCCCUAUGCAUUAUAACGUAUGAGGACAUCCCUAAACCUAAACAGAUAGAAAGUGACCCCAUAAUACAUGGACCUAAAAAAAUUUAUCGCCUCAUACAAGCUGCUAAUUUAAUGGAAAAAUUAUUAUAUUUAUAUUGUAUGUUUAGGUUUCAGGAUUGGAGACUUUUUCUAACUGUAGAUAGAGACUGGUAAUCCAAAAUGGCUGCCUAAUCCGCCACUAGGUUUAGUUAGUUCUGUAUAUAUACUUAUAUCAUCACACUGUAGGCUAUGUCCAGUUUUACGUAUUGCUCCAAUGCAUGUAAAAUUUGAAAAAAAAGCAACUGUGCAAAAAUAACCCAAAAAGCUAACUUUUUGUAUGCAGCACCUAAGCAGACCUAUGCGUCUCCAUGGUUACAAACAAACUGGUCAAUCUUAGCCUGCAGCCAUGUUUUUUCUUCUUACUACCAUUCUGUAGGUUAUCAAGAAGUAGGGAACAGAUAGCAGAGAAUAUGACUGCAGGAUCAGACUACAUAGGAUUUGUUUGUAGUCUGUUACCAUGGAGACAGCUGGUAUAAAUAGCAGCUGUAUAUUGUUAGUAAAUGAUUUUAAAAUGAUGUAUUAUCUAAAUAAUGUUUUUAUCUUAAUAUUGUUAAAAUCAUUUUUUUUUCCACUUUAUUAUGUACAUGAGUGUUUCCCGACCAGUGUUUCUCCAGCUGUGGAAAAACUUAAACUCCCAGCAUGCCUGUACAGAUCACUUCCCAUCGGUCUCCUCCUUAUCAUUACAUACAAGAGUACAGUACAGUGACAGGGGGCAAAAGUGUAUAGAUGAGACAGAAUCUUACAAAUAGCUGUUGCUCACAGACCAGUCUCCCCCUCCAUGUGAAAUGAACUUAGUAAAGGUCACGGAGCAUACCCAGUAACCAUUUCCAUUCAUGCUAAUGAGACUGCUCAUUUCUUUGUCCAUGGGUCUUGCUGUAAAAUAUAUCUCUAAACUCUGCUAAAAACAGCUCGGGCAAGAUGGUUCCCCCAUAAUAAUGUACAAACAUUGGGACAUUUAUGCCCCACCUCUAGGAAUAUACUGAGAAACUUCCAUGUAAUGCCCACUUUUGGAUAGAGUUUGUACCUUUUGUGGUCUGGUUUGCAAAAUUGUCCUACCAAAAUGAAGGAUGUUGAAGUAUGUAAUAUAUAUGAGACUGGCCCAUGACAUCCUCAUUUUGUAGGCACCCAGCACCCUAGUUUGAAGGACAAAUCUAUGCAAAGCACAUAAAUUAUUGUAGCAUAUGGCAACAAUGGAGGGGGGUGAGAUCGGGGCUCAAGUCCUGCAGGAACAUGUGGGAACUGAGUUCCUGCACUUUUUUCAUUCAGGAACAAUGUUCCCAUUAGCAGGAGUCCUGCAGGACCAGCCCUUGAAUGGAAGAGUUCCCACACUUUUUUUCCUGGGACUUGACCCCUGGGUGAGAUACUGUAGUAUUAGUUCUACACAGACAGUAGUAUGUGUAGAGCAGGAUCUGAGUGGGUGGAGCAUGACAGAGGGAUUAACAGAACACCAAAGUAGAAUUCUUGUCAUGCUCCGCCCCUGCAGAACCUGCACUGAGCAAAACCCCUUAUUGAGAAGUCUGCCUAAAACCAAAACUGUAGUUUUGUCCAUAGUAACCAAUCACAGCUCGCCUUUUAUGUAAGCUGAGCUCGGUUUGGUUGCUAUGGAGGUACCAAGACAGUUUUGGUUUUAGGCAGACUGAUAAAUCUGGGACCAUAACUUAUGCUCAGUUCAGGGUCCGCGGAGCAUCACUGCCACAUACCGUGCUAGGGCAAAGCCUUCAAUUCUUCUGGGUAGCCGAACUGAGGAGGAGAAGAUUCAGGGACACAGAAAGGAGAGAGAUGUAUAUUUUUUAUAAACCAUAAAGAAUAUUACUAUUUAUUAACAAUUUUUUUUAUAUUUAUUUAAUCUGCCGUGAUUUUUAUUUUAUGUUGUUGCUAAUUUGUUGUUUUUACUUGUAUUAUUUUAGAUAAUUUGCUUUGUUUUUAUGUUUUGUAAGAUAUCAAAUGUGUAAAAAAGAAAACAAGGGAAUGUGAAUAAAUACUGUGCAAUAACCAGACCCUUGUUAUAAUCUUUUUUUCUUUUUUUCAUUUUCUUAAAGGGGUAUUUCAAUGGUGUUUGAGCAUUUAAUAAGGAGGUUCAGAUUUGUGUGCCCUCCAUUUAUCUCUGGUCAGUUUAUGUGUGUAUAUAUCUUUAGUAUCACUGCAUU